AGCAAAACAUAAACAACUUGGCAGUGACAGUCCAGUGACAGUGUCUUUAUUUACUGACAAAUAAAAAUGGACGAGGAGAAUAAAGUGAAUUUUGAAAGUGUAGAAAAUGAGGCAAAAUCUUCCCCAACUUUUACACCACAUUCGGCAAAAUCGUCCGAAAGAGAGGAAACUAAUGUCUUGCACCCUGACAACCCCCUUUUGGAAAAAUUUCAAAAAGCGCUCAAGGAGCACUUAUUGCGUCAAAUAAAUCACCUCAAAAACGACAUUUUCGAAUACGAUUGUGGGACGAAAAAAAACAAUGCUAGACGUGAAGAACUGGGGAUUAUGGUUUACGAACAACAACAAAUUUUGGAAAAACAACAAAAAACCCUAGAUUUGUACAUUUCUAAAGUGCAAACUGCGACAGCAGCCUGCGAAGAAAUGCAAAACCUAGUCAAAGAAAAAAAAGAACUGUUUAAAAAACAAAGAGACAAAGUUUACGAAGCCGAGGCUAAAGAACUCGAAUUGCGAAACGAAAUCGAGGCAACAAAUCUUCUAGUUCACCAAAUCAGCGAAUGGGAGGAGAACUUGGAGUCAGACUUGACGGUAAAAAAGCGCGUUUUUGAGAAAAGCCGCAAGGAAAAGCUCAAACUCCUCGAAGACAAACGCACUCAAGACGUCCUCAUUUACAAACUAAUGACCAGGAUCUGGUUUCUCGAACGCGAACUGGACAGAAUGGACGUGCAAAUGAAGGUGAAAGAGGCGGAAAGGGAGGAUUUGGCCCAAACUGUGGCCCUCGGGAACACAAACAUCGAAGCAAUGGAAGCGGAAUACCGCUGUCUAAUGCACUCCUGGAACUCUGUCGUUAUCGCAAUCGGAAAUCGCGAUAAAGUCCUCUCGUGUCUCAACAAAGAACUGUCCAAGUCCGAGGAACACUUCAAAAGCGUGGUUUCCGAAAUCGAACAAGUCAAAAAACUCUCCCAGAAGGAAAUGCGUCGCAAUGAGGAGUUCACAAUGUUGAAGAACCGCUUCCUGGCCGAUGUCCAGGUGUGCAAAGCGGCUCUGGACGUCGAAAUCGAGAAAAAAACCACCCUGGAACAACGCAUGUUCGAAAUGCAACGCAUUAUUGAACAAACCGAGGCCGAUAUUCAACGCAUAACGGACGAAGCGCACGAAACACACACCAUACUUUCGGGGCUGACGCGCGAACACGAACAACUCGACACGCAAAAAGGCGAACUCGAGGAGCAAAUAAUGCGAGCUUUGGAGGAACAAGUCACUAAUAAUAAAAUGCUGAUGACGCUACAACGCGCAUUGACACAAUUCAAAAUCAAAAAUCGGGAAAUUGAAAUACAAGUCGCCACGAUUGAGAAUAAAAUCGCAUCGGUGAUGAGCGAAAUGGAAGCGCAGAAAUUUGCAAAUUUUGAGGGACAACGGUAUUUGAAGGAGUUGGAAGAGCAGUUGAAGGAGUUGGGAAUGGAGGCGGACCGCUACCAGGACGAGAUGAAACAUAUUGAGCUUAAGAUUGCAAAGAAACAGCGGGAAGUUGAUUUGUUGAAUAACAAGUAUUUGAAAAUGGUGGAUAAGUCGGGCGGGACGUUUGUCUCGCCCCUUGAAAUGAAAAUAACAACACUGGAGAAAAAUAUCGAGGAGAUACAAGAGUACAACAAGAAAUUGCAAUUGUAUUGGCUGCGGGAACAGUCCAACUUGAUUAAAAUCUCGGAAGAACGGCAGGAACAAAUCCACAAUAAUAAUCUCAUGUGUAAACAGAUUUUGAUCCUGGAGCAGAAGAAUUUGAGGGUUUCGGACGAGCUUGAAGCUUGUCGCAAGUUACAAGAUAAAGUCGUUCGCAGUAUAAAUAAUCUCCACAGUCAAUUGACCGUCAUGGGUGAUAAUUUCGUCAAGACUAAGGGUUUGAAGAUAAAUAUGGAUAAAGAUAACGAAGUGUUGCGUCAGGAUUAUAUCUACAAGCUUAAGGAUGCCGAGCUUGAAUGCCUCAAAUUGGAGGAUGAGAUUACGCAAAUUGAGGAGGAUAAGGUGAAUUUGAGUAAUGAAUUGAUUGCAAUGAAUCGUGAAACUCUCGAAUGGGAGAAGAAGUUUUUGGGGGCGAAGGAAACGAAGAAUACGAUGAUUGAGGAAAGGGGGCAGGAAGGGGAGGUUGGGACGAUGAAAGCGGAGAUACAUCGCAUGAAUGUGCGCUAUAGCCAAUUGAAGAAGGUCCAGGAUGUCUUGGUCCAAGACUUGGAGCACUGCGUUUCGCGAAGAGACGCAAUGAUGACAGCUGCGGAAGCACGCGAAAAACGCGUAAAAGGCGGAAUGGAAAAAACUCGUAUUAAUUUCAACCGCAAAAUGGACGACAUGCGAAACAAAUCGAAACAAAUGGAAAAUCAAAUUGCGGAAAUGGCCAAAAAAACCGAACACAUGGCCAAAGAAAUUGAGCAAAUCCGGGCCGAAAUCGCCGAAAUGUCGCGCGAGAUUGAGACGACAAACGAGCAUUGUGUCGAAAUUCGCGAAAAUGUUGAAGAGGCCUUGACGAAACGGCAAAUGAACUUCGAGUUGUUGCUCCAAGUGCAGAAAAAACUCAACACUUAUAAUGACCUGGCCAAGGGGCGCAAGCCCCACUUGGUGCACCGCUCGGAAAGCGCCUUGUCCUCGGCCUACUCUAGGGAAAUUUCCACCAAUUCUAAACUAUGCAAGAUUGUGGAAAACCUCCAGUCGGACUUUCCCAACCAUGGGCACGAGCUGGUCCGCAUUUGUAACACGCUGAAACUGCCCGUUUAUGUGUACUUCCAAUAAAUGAUUCGAUUUU